AUGCUCCUUGGCUCGAUAGUGCAGACUUCCAAGAAGUUAGAGAGCGCCUGUCCGCCUCUGCAUGACGAUGAGGUCAAUUCUACGAAGGAGAGAAUUGUCCCUUUGUUGAGCAUGAGCUUGAUUGAUGGGGCAAAUGUAGGUGGCCAAAAUAGAAAAUCAGGCCAUGAAAACGUGCCGAUUAAAUCUUGGACAUAUCUGGGUCCGGGGAGAGACCAAAAGUUAUACAAUUUGUCCAGAACAAAAUUUUAAAAAGCAAAAAUCGUAAAAUCAUCAAAACCAAAAAUUAAAGGUAAGUAAAAUAUUGGUUUACACUUUUUGCAAGGACAUGCAAAAGAUGACAUCAGUCUGUCGGGAAAAAACUGAGGACUCUGUCGCAUCGCAAAUUACAUCGACGCCAAGAAAACGAAUUGUGUCACGGCAAAAUAAAAUUGCUUUUCACUUCAGCGACGCGAUCGGCGAAGCGACAUUGCGCUUAUUAUUUUCCCGACAGACUGAUAUUACUUGAUUAUGGUUUAGAUUCACAGAAAAGGUGAUUCGAAUUCCUUCCUAAUUGGGCUUGUUCACAAAAAGAAAGGGAAAGUCAGCACUGAUAAGGGAAAUCAUCAUAGGAGUAAAAAGCUAAAAGGAUGCUUGCAAACAAUACGCGCAUGAUGACAAAAUGAUUGUAGGGAUCGUGUGUGUGCAUUUCUUUUCCUUCCACUUCACACGUCAAGAAAGAGGAGUAACAUUGGUACGCUCUUGUAAAUAGUUUAUUCCAGGAAGUGCAAAAGAAAGCAAAUCUUAAGACGUUAAUGAACAUGGUGAUCUUUGUUUACUUCAUUCUUUACAAUGAGUAUGAAAUUCUGAGACAUUGAAGCAUUUUUGCCCAUUGAGCAACUACAGUAUACAUUUUAUUGCAAUUGUUUGAAGAGUUCAAGAAGCGGCAAGCGUUAACUGUUUUUUACGUGUUUUUAAUUGCCUCCGGGGUCUGUUUGAAUCGAGCGAAUCAAUCCCUGGAAGAGGCCAAUUCUCAAGAAUCGCCAGUCCCUCGGCCGCUUUGCAGUGGGUGUGCCGAUCCGUUUAAUAGAUCGAGGGCGCUCCGCCUUCAGUUAACAGAAAAAGUGAGAGAGGAAACCCGGAGGACAUAUAAAAUGCAGUGCCAAGACCCGGAUCACCAUAUUUUUCGGUUAUUUCUCCCCUCAACCCAGUGUCGAAUCUGUUUCCGUUUUUUCAGUCGCAUUUGUUUAUAGUUUAUUUGAUAUAAUUUCGGAUUCAAUCUUUCGGCCGCUUCGCUGAAUCCCUUUUUUGCAUUUUUUGGAAAAGGGGGGAUAUUGAUUACAUUUCACGAAAAAUUUGUUUGGCGUAUUAAUUUUGAUUAAUAUAAUACGCGCACUUUUCAGAGACUGGUCAAGAAACGCGCGAUCGAUGGGCCAAGGCUCGAAUGACCACUACAUUCGUGCAAAACCCCUCCUCUGACAGACUGAUCAAAAAAAACCGGGCGCUCUCGAUCGAGGCCCAUAGAUCCGGCCCGUUGAAAAGAGAUCCACAACCGCCGGGAUUCGAAGAAAAGCGUCGGCGGCCUGUGGUGUAGGUGGAGAGGGAACAGUUGUGGAGGGGUGGGGCCUCCGACGGGGAGAGUGGAUCUGGGCCCGAUGGGCCAAGACUUCAUCCGCCUACUCACUUUCAAUCUCAAGAGGUGGGUUGUGUCCUCGCUUUCUUGUGUCAAGCCCGAGGGCCUAUUCACUCCUUGGGCCUGGACCCAGAUCGGUGGCAUUCAUCUAUGGCCUGCACCCAUCGACCAUGA